GAACGGCCUCGGUGGCUGUACUGGUCGGCCUAGUAACUGGCUCCUUUUCUUCCUUCUCUCGGUUCCUAACGCAGCGUCCUGAUGGAGCUAUCUUACCAGACCCUCAGAUUCACCCAUCAGGCUCGGGAAGCGUGUGAGAUGAGGACAGAAGCACGACGAAAAAAUCUUCUGAUUUUGAUUUUGCAUUACUUAACACAAGAAGGAUAUAUUGAUGCAGCCAAUGCUUUGGAGCAAGAAACUAAAAUGGGGUUACGACGCUUUCAAGUUUGUGACAACGUUGAUCUUGAAACUAUUUUGAUGGAAUAUGAGAGCUAUUAUUUUGUAAAAUUUCAGAAAUACCCCAAAAUUGUCAAAAAGGCAUCAGACACAGCAGAAAACAAUUUACCUCAAAGAAGUGGAGGGAAGACCAGAAGGGUGAUGACCGACAGUUGUCAGAAUCUUCCCAAGAUCAACCAGCAGAGGCCGCGGUCCAGAACCACGAUGGGAAAGCCCGGGGACGCCAGGCCCCUCCACACGGAGCUUCCUAAACAGGAGGUUGUCAAUCACACUCACAAGGAGAGUGCUGACUUCGGCUUAAGUAUCUCUGGAAUCAACAAAGGCAGUGGAGAAGUAAACGUCCGUCCACAAAAAGGCCCAAUCAUUGACUUCCGAGGGCUGCUCACAGAUGCCAUCAAAGGAGCAACCAGUGAACUUGGCUUGAACAGCUUCGACUGUAACCCAGACCCCUCUGAACGACUGUUGAAACCUCUGAGUGCAUUUAUUGGCAUGAACAGUGAGAUGCGAGAAUUGGCAGCCGUGGUGAGCCGGGACAUUUAUCUCCAUAAUCCAAAUAUAAAGUGGAAUGACAUUAUUGGACUUGAUGCAGCCAAGCAGUUAGUCAAAGAAGCUGUUGUGUAUCCUAUAAGGUACCCACAGCUGUUUACAGGAAUUCUUUCCCCCUGGAAAGGACUGCUGCUCUACGGACCUCCAGGUACAGGAAAGACUUUACUGGCCAAAGCUGUGGCUACAGAAUGCAAAACCACCUUCUUUAAUAUUUCUGCGUCUACCAUUGUCAGCAAAUGGAGAGGGGACUCAGAAAAGCUUGUUCGGGUGUUAUUUGAACUUGCCCGCUAUCACGCCCCCUCCACCAUCUUCCUGGACGAGCUGGAGUCAGUGAUGAGCCAAAGAGGCACGGCUCCUGGGGGAGAGCAUGAAGGCAGCCUGAGGAUGAAGACGGAGCUUCUGGUGCAGAUGGACGGGCUGGCUCGUUCCGAGGAUCUCGUGUUUGUCUUAGCAGCCUCCAACCUGCCAUGGGAGCUGGACUGUGCCAUGUUGCGCCGCCUGGAGAAGAGGAUUCUGGUGGACCUGCCGAGCCAGGAGGCCCGGGAGGCCAUGAUCCACCACUGGCUGCCCCCCGUGAGCAGGAGCAGCACCCUCGAGCUGCGCGCGGACCUGGACUACAGCCUGCUGAGCCGGGAGACCGAAGGCUACUCUGGCUCGGACAUUAAGCUAGUCUGCAGGGAAGCAGCCAUGCGGCCUGUGAGGAAGAUCUUCAACGCCCUUGAAAAUCAUCAGUCAGAGAGCAGCAAUUUACCUGGGAUCCAGCUGGAUACAGUGACCACUGCUGACUUUUUGGAUGUGCUCACCCAUACCAAGCCUUCAGCAAAAAGUCUGACUCAGAGAUACGCAGCCUGGCAAAGUGAGUUCGAGUCUGUGUGAGGUCACAUUUACCCUGACUUGGCCGCAAAGAAAACCACAGAGGCCUCCUCAUUGAUUAGUGUCAGUUUACAGAAAGAACAGAAAAUUGGAAUAGAAAACAGAAAAUUACCUUGAAUAUUGGAUUAAUUUGGACAACUGUACUACUUUGGAAAUAGAUAUUUUCAUGGUUAAUGUCAGCAAAAUACUGAAGAUUCUAAUUACAGGUAUGUAUGCUCUGAGGUCAUGCAGUGGAGACUUUUCUCACAGUGAGACCCCAUAAAAUUU